AUGCACUACAAAGAGGUCGCUGCUGAUAAGGUCCAAUCUCUCCUAACGAAGAUUCCACAUGAAUGGAUCCUCACGUCGAUUCCAUCAGUGGAAGAACAGCGUGACGUGGACGGGUACAUUAAUAGAUUCAUCCCCGAGAGGGAGAGGUCCAUCACGGAGAUGAGUGCCUCCCAAUUACUGGAACUUCAACAAGGGGGAAAGUUGUCCGCCUAUGAAAUUGCUUUUGCUUAUUGCCAUAGAGCUGCUCUCAUCCAUCAAAUGACGAACUGUUGUACAGAGAUCUUCUUCGAGAGAGCCUUCCAGUCUGCCAGAGAACUGGACAGUUACCUUGCUACCACUGGCAAUUUAAAGGGUAAAUUGCAUGGGAUUCCAAUCUCUUUGAAAGACCAAAUCAAUCUACCUGGUGUCACCACUGCUAUGGGGUGGAUUGCUCCUCAUGUCUCUCCUGAACUGGAACUAAAGGUUGCUCGCAAACAAUCCACCAACGAUAUAUCUCUCAUUGCCGAAAUCUUACAACAAGAAGGUGCAGUUUUCUACGUUAAGACAACCGUCCCCAUGGCCAUGUUGGGGAACGAAACUUCCACUAAUAUGACUGUCACUUACAACUCCCUGGAUAGGAAAAUGUCCCCCGGUGGCUCCUCCGGCGGAGAAGGCGCAUUGUUGGCCGCCAAGGGCUCUCUCAUUGGUAUUGGUACAGAUAUUGGGGGUUCCAUCAGAAUCCCAAGUCUGGUCCACGGCUUGUAUGGCCUUCGGGGUACAACAAACAGGUUCCCCUACUUGGAUAUAUCCAACUCCUACCCAAACCAACUCUGCGUCCCCUCUGUUGUUGGCCCAAUGGCUCGAAACAUUGAUGACCUAAUCUUGGUAUCGGAAGCCAUCCUAAGCAACGGGCUCUGUGUACGGGACCCAAAGUGCGUCCCAAUAAAAUGGGAUAGUGGGAAGGUCACUGAUUUUAAGGAGAAGAUCAGAAUAGGGGUGUUGAAAUCAGAUGGUGAAGUUCUGCCACAUCCACCAAUUUUGAAUAACUUGGAAAAGCUAGAAUCCCACCUGCUAAAGCACAAUGACUUGUUUGAAGUUACCAAGCUCAAAGAAUGUGAGAUGCCGGUUAAGUUUUCAGAUCUGGGGAACUUGCUCCUCAGCUUGUACAAUUGUGACAACUUUGAAGAAAUCAAAGAGUUCUGCAAGCUGAGCGGGGAGCCACUGCCCGAAUUAUUCACAAGAUCAUUUACUGCUCCCAAUCAUAUGGACAAUGUCAGUGAGUUUUUCGACAAGGCAGGACUAAAGCUCAGGUAUCAGAGGUUGUUUGAUGAUUGGUUGAGAGAUUUGGACUGUUUUAUUAUUCCUUCAUAUUCAGCAACGUGCUGGAGGAUCGGCGAAAACGCAAACAUCUCCAACUUCUACACCCGUGCUUUGAAUGUCUUAGACUAUACCGUCAUGACGUUCCCUGUUGGAAGGGUCACAGAGAAUGAUGUCAGUUAUGAUCGGGAAUUCUUCAAUGAGUCCGACAAGAAGAACUGGAACUAUUACAACCUGGAUGACUGUCUAGGCAAGCCAGUCAACGUCCAGCUUGUUUGUAAGAGAUACAAAGAGGAAGAAUGUUGUAAGAUAGUCAAGAAAAUUACUGAGUUGUUGCAACACUAG